GUUUAAUAGGAGCAUUCGUGUGCACUAUAAAGAAAAACAUCAAGUAGCUUGAUAAAAAAAUGAAUACAUUAGCAUUUGCUAUUCUUGUUUUAGUGACAGUAUCUGCAACGAAUGCCCAAGACUCAACUGUCACAACAGUAGCACCAACAAAAACCACGACCCCAGAUCCAGUAAUUACUAUUCAAACUGUCGUGACUGAACUAGACAAAGCGUGUACUUUGAAAGAUGCAACGAAGGGUUGCACAACUGAGAAAACUGCUUUAACUGCAACUUACGAUUCAAAAAAUAUUACUGAAAUAUGCUUAGCUUUCAAGCCCUACGACUCGUGUUUAAAAGACAACUGUAAAAUUACCGUCGACCUCACAACACAACGGCUAGCCGCUAUUGUAGUCUGCAACGGAUCUGGUUUCCUCGGCUUUUCAACCAUGUUGAUCGUUAUAGCUGCUUUGAUAACUCGCUUUCAAUAGAAAAUCAAGUAUUAACUGGAUGGCCUAUUAGAACUAUCGCAACCAUAAUCCGUGUAUUUUGAACCAGUUUGACUUAGCUGAUUGCUUUCCUGUAUUUUGAAAUAUUUACAUGAUCAAUACUUGAUUGUACUCUAAAACGCUUAAGAAUGUAAUUAAAGUUUAGAAUAUUGUAAAUGAUUCAGCAUGUUGAUAGUCUGAAAAUGCGAUCAAAUUUGCAGAUGAAAAAUGAAUGAAUACAUUCGAGCAUUUUUGUUGAUAUGUUAGACUAAAGAUAAUGCUGAUGCGAUGAAUACAAAUGUACAUUCAAUUAACUGUGAUACAUUUUGAUAAUUUACAGAUUUAUUUUUCUAAUUUUUCAAAUGUAUUUUAACAAGUGAUAAUGCUAAUUAAUGAAUUUUAUCAACAAUGAUUAUAAUUAAUUUUAUAUACAA